AAUGUAUUUCUAAUUACAACCAAUAUUACAUUGGGAUCACGUGGCAUCGUCAGAUGAUUCAUUUUGAUGAGCGUCGAUAUCACCCUUCUACACGAUGGCCGGCAGACGAGGAGCCAAUGUGGCGGAAGGGCUGGUCCUCCUCAUCUGCGAAACCGAAGAAGGGGAAUCGAAAGAAGGAUUCGUCGGGUGUAAAGUCGUCGGUUGCAGUGGUCCCAAAGACGAUUCGGAUUGAUGUGAUUCCACAGUAUAAAUCGGGUCCCUAUAAAAAUAUUUAUUGGAUGCACCCAAACAUGGCAAUAACUCGCGAAUCAAAAAAUGGAGAAGAAUUUGUUGGUGAGGUCACAUUCUACGAAGGUGUCAAUAUGAAUGUUGUUGUUAAUUUCUUUACGGGACUCGAUCAUUACGAAUAUGCUAAACUCCGAUUCGCCCAUACUGCUCACACGCCACCUCUAAUCCGAGCAUCUUCUACAUCUGCGUCUGCAUCAGCCUCCACCUCUACCUCUUCAUCAAGGCCGAAGAAGCAUUAUUUGGAAAAGAAUAUGGAGCACUUAUUAAAGAAACUUGACAUUCUUGCAUUCAAACAGACGAUUAUCGAAUCGAGAAGCCCUACAUCUGACAGUAUUCACCAUCAAGAUUUUGUUUCAAACACUGAUACCGCCGAAUAUGAUGAUGAUGAUACAAAAUUCUUCUAGUAAUUAACUAUGCCUAUUGAAUAUAGUAUUUGAAUCCUGUGCCACAAAUAAAUACACUAUUUUGUCUAUU